AUGCUUUCAAACAGGACUCGUCGGUCUGCGACACAGUUCGCACAUCUUAUCCGCCCUUCUAAUGCUGCAACUCGCCAACCUCUUAAUGCGCCAUGGCGACGACUGGCCAGCAGCAAAUCGAAGCCACAAUCUGCCCACUGGCUACGGAACUCCCUUGGAUUCGGAUUUGCCGGUACUGCGGCAUUUCUAGGCUACUCCUAUAUCAAUGGUGAUUUGCAAGGGUUUUGGCCUAACAACCAAAUUACGAAAGAAGUCAUUGAUGUCAACGAUCUUCGCGCCCAGUUUAUCCAGGAGAAAAGAAGUCUAAGGAGUCCAGCAGUUUACACGUGGGGCUCAAAUGAAUACCGAGUGGCGGAUCCGGGGUCCAAAGAAAAGGAUAUUAAAACGCCUAAACGUUUUAAAUACUUCAACGGCCAGGUGCUGCGGGAUUUCAAGGUUGAUGAAAAGACUGGUGCUGCCAUCACAGAGAAUGGUGAUCUUGUUCAAUGGGGCAAAGGAUAUUCAGAAACAGAUUUCAAGCCGACUAAGACCCUCACGGGCAAAAACCUGGUCUCACUUUCUCUAUCCGAGAGCCGAAUUAUUGCGCUGUCUUCGGAUGGAAGCGUCUACUCCCUGCCCAUUUCCCAGAAGGACCAGACCACUGGGCCGAAAGCUCGGGAGAGCUCCUGGGUUCCUUAUUUGGGUGGCCAGUCCAUGCUGAGCUAUCGCAUUUUGAAGCCGUCUUUGGGGCUUGGUGAAAAGGUCAUCUCCAUCAAAGGCGGACAAGAACAUGUUGUUCUGCUCACAAGUUCCGGGCGUGUGUUCACAGCCGCCGCAUCUACCGAGAGCUAUCCCUCGUUAGGCCAACUCGGUGUAUCUGGACUGACUUGGUCCACCCGACCUAGCGGGGCUGUGGAUACAUGUCAUGAAGUGACCGCUUUGAAGGGCUCUAAAGUCACCCAAAUUGAAUCUGGUGACUAUCAUGCUCUCGCAUUGACGAAAGAUGGCCGCUUGUUUGGCUGGGGCAACAACUCUUACGGACAACUAGCAGUGGAAUUUGAGCCAGAGCUGCCUUACCAGGACACCCCCUUUGCCCUUCCCGUGAACAGACUUUAUGGUCGAACACACUCAUCAACAGUUACCAGCAUUGCUGCUGGUGGAGCCACUACCUUCUUCUCAGUUGAUGCGAAAAGGAUUCUGGGGCCCCAAGAAGAGACUGCCAAUGUCCGUGAUUUGGGCAAUGUGACUGCUGAUACAUGGUCUUGUGGUCGAGGUAUCUGGGGAACCUUAGGAACUGGCCGAUGGGCUCAUAUCCAGGACUCGCCCAUGAAGAUCAAGGAUUUGAGCGGCUUGGGCGAGUAUGACGAGAAAUCGAAACGCUUAGUCCCGAUUCGCCUCCACACUAUGUCUGUCGGAACCAACCAUGCUUCUGCUGUGUUGGAAAAUAAGACAAACCUCACCACAAAAACUUCUGACUCGCUCCACAAAACAAAUGACUGGGGCUACGAAGCUUUCUGGUGGGGUGGCAACGAGCACUUCCAAUUGGGUACUGGAAAGCGAAGCAAUCAGCCUCGACCGACCUAUAUCAAAGCUCCCUCCCAAUCCAUAAAGAAUCCGGAGCCUGAGGCCCGUCUUCAAAUAAUGCCCAGACACAAAGGCAAAGUUGGAAAUCGGACGAUCAGCAUGGAGCAGAGAAUUGAGUGUGGGCGACAUGUCUCUGCAAUCUACUCUGCCGUAUAA